AGGAACCAUCUCUGUGUGCUCUGCCUCUGGUGCACUGUAACAGAGAUCCCCUUUGUUCUUUGAAAGUGGAUCACAGUUAUAUUCACGCUUGCCUAGAGAAGCUCCCAUCAGUUACAAUGUGUCCUUCGCAGGCUUCUGAACCAGGGCUGUAGUUUAUAGAUUUGUAUUUACCAGCUAAACUGUAAAAGAUUCCAGGGGGCAAAAACACAUCCAUUUAAAGUUCACUGCAUCUAAAACUGCUUUAUAUCGAGCUACAUGGUCUCUCAUCAGAAAAGUAUUGUUCUGAUCUAAGCCUUCUCUGAAGAUUUACAAAGGAAGAAAGGGAGGGAUGGCUUCUGUUGUAUGAGAUCUUGAGGUGCAAGUUCUGCCGUACAGCAGACCACGACCAAAAAGCUGUACAGAAAGCAACGGCCUGGAAAGCCAUCUGAUGCAGAUGGAACAGCCCCACAAACAAUCAACAUGGGCCCCUCCAGUCAACAAAACACCGCCACUGUCUGUCAGAACGGUGUCUCUACCGGAACUGUACAAUGAUGGCAUUGUGUUGGCACCACAACAGCGGGAUACCCUCGAAUCUACUCCACAUUACUUUCCACCUUCUAGAAGAUGGUCGUUUAUGUCUGCGAAAUCUGCAUGCAGCGAGGAUACCUUUGGAGGGAGUGUCACACCUGUCUCUAAAGGCUGUCUGGAGAAGGCGCGUUUAAGGUGUACGGCAAGGAAGGAACGUGUCGUUUUCUGCACGAUGGAGACUGUUAAAAGAGGAUGGUUGCCAAUGCUUAAGAAAGCAGCCACCUACGUUAUUCACAGCGAUAAGGAGCAGAAAGAUACUGCUGCUGCCACAAGAGAGGUGAACUCAUCUCCAAUGCGAAACGACUUGGACCAUAAGCAUAACCCAAGAAACAAGGACAACAUUUCUACAGAUGCAAGUGAAAGAAACCAGUGUAAUUCCUGUAUAUCUUCAACAGGGCUGAGAUCUCAGGGAUUUCUUUUUAAAGGUACCACAGACAUUCGCAAGGCCUUCAACAAAGAGAAAGUUGGUUUGCUGGAAAACAGCCUGUCUGCUCCCAUAGGGGGUUACUUGCAAGACCUCCAGGGAAACAGAACAGCCUUGUCAUCAUUUCAGCCUGAUUUGAUUCACUCUGAUAAUCCGCACAGGGAGGAAUGUGCGGCACUCUGCAUGAGUCCAUCAAUUCCGGCAGAACAGCCAAGGACAAUAGGAAUUCUGAGGACCUCCAGAGAAAAUGUGUGUCGGACAAACUCGGCUCACAUGGAGAGUAAAGCUGACCUGCCUAAAAUGAGACCAGGAUUCUCAUCCAUCACAAUAGCGGUUCGGAAAGUGGCAACACCUGCCAGUGCCCCACCAGAAACAACUCCCUACUCCUGCCUAAAACACACAGAGGGAACUUUGCCUUUAAAUGCUGUUGAUUCUGUUGUCACUGUGGACCGGCCUUCGAGUGAAAGGCACUGUAAACCUGUCCUGAGAAACAGAAAAGCCACGAUAAUAAAGGUGACACAGUACAGGCAUAGGUACAGUUACACCGAGGGUGAGAGUGGUAGAAAAGCUAGGAUGCCCGAGCACAGACACAGUUACGCUGAAGGUGAAAACAAAGAGAACGCAUAUUCUCAUUUGUGUGAGGAAGGGGACAGAAGAGGCUCCUCUGCCUCCUUGUCACAGGGUUUGGUUCGAUCGUCCACCCACUAUAAGGUGCCACCUGAGUCAGCAAAUUCUGUCUUGCACCUGGACAAGUCCCUUUCCAUUUCCAUCCACAAGCCUGAAAGCACAGUCCCACAAGUUCACAGAUCAGCCCUCUCUUUGUUUCUGAACAGCAGUUCUCCCAAAGAAACACUAGAUUUCGGAAGUGGCAAGACUAAUGAAAAGUAUUUACCAGGUCCUAAACCCACUGGGAACAACAGCAGAGUAUCUGAUAAUACAGAAAUUAACCAGGAGACUUCCACAGUCCCACCAUUAAAUCAAAAUGGGUUAACUCCUCAGAAACAUUCAUGUGUUGACGGCAUCUGGGGCAUUCAGUCUCAAUCAAGUGCACAAUCAAAUACUGUUGUCUUGACAAAAGGGGCCCUUUGUGUAUCAGCACCACAAAUAGACAAACAAGAACACCAUUUUAACUAUGAGACCAGCAAGCAUUGGAACAAUUUCAGGAUCCUGCAUCUCGAUGAUGCCCAAGGCCCCCAGACUUCCAGUUAUCCAAACAGGAAACAGACUGCUGAUCAGGGUGUAGCCAGCUUUGCUUCCCUUCCGGAACAAGAUGCACUCAAGAGAGGUUCCCCUCCAACCGGUGACUCUUUAUUGAAGGGAAAUUACUGCAGUGCAGUUACAGUGACAGCGCAAGCAAAACUCCAAACACAGCUCGUGUACCAGAUACCAGACAGUCCAGAGGCUGUUUUGCCAAGGGAUUCUAAGGCGUUUUCAAAAAUUACUCUGGAUACUUUUGAUGACAUGAAAAGCUUGGGCAAAGUGUCAGACUGUGAGAAAGAAGACAUCAGACAGCAGUCCACCCCCAGCAUGAUAAAAGAACAUACAGCUGACUCCCCAACCAGGAACCCAUGGAAACCAAAUCAGUGUGUUCAGUCAGAGACCCACACUGACCUUGAGGACGGCUCUCAGACAACACUGACUCUAAGAGAAGCCCUGGAACUCCUUCGGCCUGACUUCAUAACCCGUUCCAGGGAGCGCGUGCAGCAGCUUGAACUGCGAGCACUCCAGAGGAGAGCCGAGCAGAGCGAGCGUGUGAGCCCACCCCCAGGAAUACCCUCCAGCACCGCCAACAGAAAGAGGCAGUGCACCAGACCACACCCUCUCAGUGAUAACCUUUUCAAGCCAAAGGAGAGAACCAUUUCAGGAAAGGAGAUGCAACUGAGAUCUAAACGGAUUUACAAACAGCUGCCCGAAGUGAAAAGGAGAAAGGAAGAAGAAAAGAAAAAAGUGGUAUCGCAAACAAACAGGCUGCGGGCUGAGCUUUUUAAAAAGAAAUUACUGGACCAAAUACUACAGAGAAGCAUUGAUUGAUGAAGAUGGAUCCUCUCUUAAAGGACAUCUGCUGUGUGCCACUGCUUUUAGCCAAGCCCUGUCAUGUACUUUUGUUCCUGUCUGCUUUAUUCUAAGCUGUUUCAUAUAUUUGUGUAAUGGUCACAAGGUGUUCUAUCUUUACUUCAGAAAGUACCAAAUGGGACAUUUGAUACACCCAUUGCUUUCAAUACUAUGCACUGUAAAUAAUAGUUGUAAGAGCUGAUUCUGGACUAUACAUAAAUAAACUCUAACACAUUUUCUUUCUAGUUCAACCCGGUUAGCAGUUAAUCAAAGAAGAUAUCUUUAGAGCAUAACCCAUGAAUGUUCACAGAGUGCUGAUCGCAUGAAUUAAGGAAGGUCAAACUGACUAUCCUCAUGAAAGAAAUAAGCACAGCGCUCCCAAGUAUGUUAUAUAACAAGGUAUGGAAAAGAAAGUAUGCUUAAACCUAAAUUAAACAGCUUAAGGGAAUUGCUUUACUUUAUUAUCAAGCAUGGCAUCUGCUUAGCAAUGCAGUUUAAAUUGGAUUUUGGAUUUUAAUGCAUGCAAGGUUCCAAAUUGAAACAUACAUUUCAAAGCUGUUAUAUUUUAAACUGCUGUUAAAUCAUUCACUAAACAAAGCUGCUUCAAUAAACUCCAUGUUAUUGUAAAACAUGAGGUUGUGCUUUAUAUACCAUACAUCUGAUACUGUUUAAUGUGCACUGUGUAUUGUAAUGUCCUGUAUAUGUAAUCUACCAGUCCAUACACUGAGAAACAGUACAAGUUUUGUCCUUUGGUUUACAUGAAUCAGGAAAGGUUUUUAUUAUGUAAGGCAAUUGAAGUCAUCACAGUUUAACUGUACUGCUUGACUGUUAAGGAGUUUGCUAUUUUGACACCUUCACUUCCUAACAGGACUUUUACAAUUCUUGGUGACAUGUACAACACUUGCACUUCUAGCUUUAAUGGGUAGAAAAACAUCUUCAAUGAUUGUUCAAUGGAAAACUAAGAUGAGAUUUUUUCAGAUUUAU